AAGUGGUGGGGGGGAGAAGAACAGUUGGGACAUGGUAAGAUCUUGUGUUAAUCGGUAAAUAGGCUCUGAGACAGAACAGGAGGAACACAGCAUAGGUACAAAAGUGGAAAGUGAACAGUUAAAACUUGUUCCUUUUGAGCUCCUCCAGCAAUCCUAAUCAAACCACCACAAAGAAACGAACCCCAUUGAAGGUGACGAAGACCAAGAAGAAGAAGAAGAAGAAGAAGAAGCUCUCUCUCUGGCUUUGUAAGGUUUAUUUGAAAGGAAAGGUGAAAUUUUGGAACACAUGGGUUGCUGCGAAUCAUCGCUUCUAAGAGAGACCCAUCCUGAGAAAGACACCAAUGCUCAGGGCACGACCCAGCAGAGCCGGUCUCCACCACCGGGUGGGGCCGAGCCAGCUCAGGGCGGGAUUCCGGUCUUCUCCGGGUUUUCCCUCUCCGAGCUCAGGGCUGCCACCAGCAACUUCAGCUCUGAGUUCAUAGUGUCCGAGAGUGGCGAGAAGGCCCCUAACUGGGUGUACAGAGGCCGCCUCAAAAACGGGUCGUGGAUUGCCGUCAAGAAGUUCAGCAAGAUCGCUUGGCCUGACCCAAAGCAGUUCGUGGAUGAAGCAGGGAGUGUCGGGAAAUUGCGACACAAGAGGCUCGCAAACUUAAUUGGGUAUUGCUGUGAAGGUGAUGAGAGGCUGCUCGUUGCAGAAUACAUGCCAAACGAUACGCUGGCAAAGCAUUUAUUUCACUGGGAGAACCAAACCAUUGAAUGGGCAAUGCGCCUAAGAGUUGCUUUUUACAUUGCAGAAGCCUUAGAUUACUGUUACAGCGAAGGCCACCCUCUAUACCAUGAUUUGAACGCCUAUAGGGUCCUUUUUGAUGAGGAUGGUGAUCCUCGUCUUUCGUGCUUUGGCUUGAUGAAGAAUAGUAGGGACGGGAAAAGUUACAGUACAAAUCUUGCCUAUACUCCUCCCGAAUAUCUCAAAACUGGAAGGGUCACACCUGAAAGUGUUAUGUACAGCUUCGGCACCAUCCUUCUCGACUUGCUCAGCGGAAAGCACAUUCCUCCAAGUCAUGCUCUUGAUAUGAUUCGAGGAAAAAACAACAUGCUUCUUAUGGAUUCACAUUUGGAGGGUAAGUUUUCUACUGAAGAAGCGACAGUGGUUGUGAAUCUUGCAUUUCAAUGUUUACAGUACGAACCAAGGGAGCGGCCCAAAACAAAAGACCUUGUCAACACACUUGCUCCGCUGCAAAUCCGACAAGAUGGGCAGGUCCCAUCUCAUGUAAUGCUUGGAAUCGCGAAGCGCGAGGAAAUGCCACAGACUCCUCAACGCCCGCUCUCACAAAUGGGGGAGGCCUGCUUACGCAUGGAUCUCACGGCGAUUCACCAGAUUCUAGUUACGGCACACUACAAAGAUGAUGCAGGAAACAAUGAGUUAUCUUUUCAAGAGUGGACCCAGCAGAUGAGGGACACGCUGGAGGCGAGAAAGCGUGGAGACUAUGCAUUUCGUGAUAAAGAUUUCAAAACUGCCAUUGACUGCUACUCUCAGUUCAUAGAUGUAGGAACUAUGGCCUCCCCCACAGUCUUAGCCCGAAGGAGCCUGUGCUAUCUCCUAUGCGACCAGCCUGAUGCUGCCCUCAGGGAUGCGAUGCAGGCACAAUGUAUAAUAGCAGAUUGGCCCACAGCCUUCUACAUGCAGUCUGUUGCCCUCGCAAAGCUUGACAUGCACAAAGAUGCUACCGACAUGCUGAAUGAGGCGGCCCUGCUUGAAGAGAAGAGGCAGAGAUCGGGAAGAGCGUCUUCAUGAUGAUGACCGCAAAAUGCCCGUUAAGAAAUAAGAAAAUUUGAAAAGGCCGUUCUCUUCAUGAGACAUCAAUCUUCCUUCGUUUGGUGCUUCCCAAAAGAUCGAUUGGGCCCCCAGUGUAAAUACCAAGCAGAGUCGGGAGGGACUGGGUUUGUGUGUUAUCGGAAUGUAUCCAGGAUCAGAUAUUACGUUUUCUGUUUUGGGAAUUGUGUUGCAUUUCCCCUUUGAUUGGGAAUAUAAUUAUACAAUCUGUGACUCCUAACUGUAUUCCGAACCAAAAAAGAGAAGAAAAGAAUCAUUCUUAAGCUAGGAA